GACUGCGGGAAAAGCUUCAGUAGCCGCUCAGACUUUGUUACCCAUAGGAGGAGCCACACAGGAGAGAAACCUUUCAAUUGCUCUGACUGCGGGAAACGCUUCAGUCAGAAGUCAAACCUUGUUACCCAUAGGAGGAGCCAUACAGGAGAGAAAGCUUUCAAUUGCUCUGGCUGUGGGAAAAACUUCAGUAGCAGCUCAGACCUUGUUAGACAUAGGAUGACCCACACAGGAGAGAAACUCCUCAGCUGCUCUGACUGCGGAAAAAGCUUCAGUAGACGCUCACAACUUGUUAUUCAUAGGAUGACUCAUACUGGAGAGAAACCUUUCAAUUGCUCUGUCUGUGGGAAAAGCUACAAUAGCAAGUCAAACCUUGUUAUCCAUUGUAGAACCCACACAGGGGAGAAACCCUUCAGCUGCUCUGACUGUGGGAAAAGCUUCAGUCACAAGUCAAACCUUGUUACGCAUAGGAGGACCCAUACAGGAGAGAAACCCUUCAGUUGCUCUGACUGUGGGAAAAGCUUCAGUAGAAACUCAUACCUUGUUAGUCAUGGGAGUAUCCACAUGGGAGAAAUCCUUCAGCUGCUCUGACUGCAGGGAAACCUUUAGUCAGUGCUUCUGCAUUACUAGCCAUCAGACAAUCCAUACAAGAGAGUCACCUUAUAACAGCUCUGAUUGCAGAAAAGGCUUCAAACACAGGUCAGACUUUGUUAAACGUAAGUCAAUCCACAGAGGAGAGAAAACCAUUCACCUGCUCUGACUGUGGGGGUAGCUUCAGUCAGAGCUCAAAUCUUGUUGGCCUUCAGAGGACCCACAGAGGGGAGAAACCUAUAAUCUUAGUUCCCUUUAAGCUGUGUGGCCAGGUGGCUGUGGUGCAGCCUAUUAAAUGUCAUGCAAGCUUAUAGGGCUUUGAUGGGGAGAGAUACCUCUAUCCACUGGUCUCAACCCUGGCCUACACCUGCCAUGGCCAAAAGAUAGUUGGCUAUCCCAUGGCCACAGUCUCAGAGCUACCAUGGCAGGGGAAGGUGUGUCUUCUUCCUCUCCCUUCACAGUAGCACCCAAGCUGGAGGAGCAAGAGCUCAUGGGAUUCUUCUCUCCUCAACAUAGCCUUUAAAUGACCUACAUGUCAGUCCCCUCCAUCUUUGAGAUAACACCCCCAGCUGGUACCCUCAACCAGAAUUCCUGCUAAGCUUUUUCCAUCCAUGAGUAGAGCAACUUUUUUCUUGAGAACAAAGAAUUUCAUCCUGUGCGCUUGUUUGAAUGUGUGCCACCGUGGCAUGUAUGAGUUACUGAGAAUUUUUGCGUGCGUGCACACAUGCACACAUAUAUGCAAUUUACAUUUUUAUGGAAGAAAAAUACUAAAACAAAGGCUAAUUAACAAGGUGCAUGACCCUGCACACAUGCACCCUGAAAACUUCCCAACUUGGCACCCAGUCUCAUUCCCACCCACCUUUGCUCCACUGUUCCUGCAUCCAUGAGUUCCCCAUCUGCUGCACCCCAAUCCUGUGCACCCUUUACCCCUAAUUUCUACAGUGUCCCCUUCAGCCGAACCCCUGCACUUUCCUCCCAGUCUAAUCUAGUCAAAGUGUAGUAAUUUGCAAAGCAUAAGAAAUGAAUGCACCAUCCCUCGCCAUUGCCUCUAACGCUCAUUCUGCAGUUGCAAGUUAAUGACAUUCAGAAGAUGAAUUUAGGGAUAUCACCAGAAAGUUUCAUCCAGCUCUUUUUCUUCAGUCCACAUUACUACACUCUAUAUAGGACAUAUAACCAAUAACUAGAUUAUUUCUUAUAGUGUCUGCAUGCUUUAGGCUCCUGUGAAUCAGAAAGUCAUCUUAAUAUGUCAUCAUUGAUUUAGCAUGAAUAGAAA